AUGGAGCCUUGGGCUCCUCCUCGGUCACCUCAGGCACAGGGAAGGCCUAUGGCCCCAUCAAAGGAUGCAGACCGAGGGCUCCGGAGAGAUGAGUAUCACAUGCCUGUUCCUCACCCUCGACACAGUGGAAAGAGGUUCUAUCAGUGGCAAGACCUCCGAAGGAGCCCCCACCCUCAGCAGGACCCCAGGGCUGACCACCAGCAGCUCCAACAUUCAUACAGGCCUGGGGAUUGGCAUCAACCUCCAUCUGGAAUGAACUAUUAUGAAGGUGGCUAUCCCAGAUAUCCAAGGCCAGGUUAUGAGAACCUGUAUCAGAACUAUCAUUCUCCAGCCCUCAGGGAAGAAUAUGCUUAUGGAAGUUAUUACUAUCAUGGACACCCACAGAGGCUCCCAGAAGAAAGAGUUCCAAGGCAAGGGAGUCCUUACACCAGGCAUGAAGAUUACCGAGACCAGAAGAAUCUCAGUGAACAUCACCAGGAAGCUCAGAAUAGUCCAUUUGGAACAAAUAAUGAGACCCAACUCCAAUCUAAGAGUUGGAACCCCUAUAGAGACAGCCCUGGUUCCAAUUAUGGACAGGAAAGGCCGGGGGAGGUAUUUCCUGACAGUCUGCUGCCUGGGGCCCAGAAGAAUAAGUCGUCGUUGACCAGUGAGUCCAACCUGCUCCAGCAGCACGAGUCUGGUCUCAGCUCCAGCAGCUAUGAGCUCAGCCAGUACAUGACUGAGGCCUCUGAUCCUGUGAUGGCAGCAGCUUGGAGUCCAGCGCAGGCUGAGGAUGCCUCUGGAGCUGGUCCCAAGGCCCCUAUGAAGUUCUAUGUCCCUCACGUGCCUGUAAGUUUUGGACCUGGAGCUCAGCUGGUGUGUGUGGGCCUCAGGGCUCCCCCGAGUGGGCAAAUGAUGCUUAUUGAGCUGCACAGCAUGGAGGUUAUUCUUGGUGACUCUGAGGAACAAGAGGAGAUGAGAACUUUCUCAGGACCCCUGAUAAGGGAUGAUGUGCACAAGGUGAAUAUUAUGACAUUUUGUCAGCAGAAAGCAGCCCGGAGUCGCAAAUCAGAAACACCGAGGAGCAGGGACUCAGCCCUACUUUGGCAGCUGCUGGUUCUCCUUUGUCGACAGAAUGGGUCCAUGGUGGGGUCUGACAUAGCUGAGCUGCUGAUGCAGGACUGCAAGAAGCUGGAGAAGUAUGAGAGGCAGCCCCCUGUGGCCAAUCUCAUCAACCUGUCAGACGAGGACUGGCCAGUGAUGAGCUCAGGGACCCCGAACCUGCUCACUGGGGAGAUGCCCCCAAGUGUGGAGACACCUGCACAGGUUGUGGAGAAAUUCACCAAAUUGCUCUACUAUGGAAGAAAGAAGGAAGCCUUGGAAUGGGCCAUGAAGAAUCACUUGUGGGGCCACGCUUUGUUCCUGGCCAGCAAGAUGGACCCAAGAACCUACAGCUGGGUCAUGAGUGGCUUCACCAGCACACUGGCGCUCAACGACCCUCUGCAGACGCUCUUCCAGCUCAUGUCAGGGAGGAUUCCCCAAGCAGCCACGUGCUGUGGGGACAAGCAGUGGGGAGACUGGAGGCCUCAUUUGGCGGUGAUUCUGUCGAAUCAGGCUGGGGACCCUGAGCUGCAUCAGCGUGCGAUUGUCACCAUGGGCGAUACCCUGGCUGGAAAGGGCCUUGUGGAGGCUGCUCACUUCUGCUACCUCAUGGCUCACAUGCCCUUCGGCUACUACACGGUGAAAACAGACCACCUGGCCUUGCUGGGCAGCAGUCACAGCCAAGAGUUUCUGAAAUUUGCAACAACGGAGGCUAUCCAGAGGACGGAGAUCUUUGAGUACUGCCAGAUGCUGGGCCGCCCCAGGUCCUUCAUUCCUUCUUUCCAGGUGUACAAGCUCCUUUAUGCCUCCCGUCUGGCUGAUUAUGGCCUCACGUCCCAGGCCUUGCAUUACUGCGAAGCCAUCAGCAUGGCUCUCCUUAGCCAGAGAGAGAGCCGUCACCCUGUGCUAUUAGUGGAACUCAUCAAGCUAGCAGAAAAACUGAAGCUGUCAGACCCUCUGUUGUUGGAAAGACGUCGAGGAGACAGGGACCUGGAGCCGGAUUGGCUGGUGCAGCUCCGGGGGCUGCAGGAGGAGCUGGCCAUGACAGAGCAGAAGGUGCCAGAAGACCACGCUGAUAUGAAUUCCACUCACUCACUUAUUUCUGGAACCAGAGGAGCCACCACAGAAAACUCUGUCUACCAGGAUCUUUCGGGACAUCAAGGUUACUCAGAGCCCCUUGGUCACCACUCAGCCUCGUGGCCACUGCCGGAGUCUACAGGUGUGACCCAGCCUGGCCUGCAGCAUUCCACUCCCCUGCAGCUGGGUUCCUACCCAGGGGGAGCGGAUGCAGGGCAGAUGGGGACACAGGUGCCUCUGUACUCCAUUCCUGAGACCCACCCACCUGGGACUGGCAGCAGUGUGGCAGUAACAGCAGCUCCCGGAGCAUGGGCGGGGGAGGAGAACCUGCAGACCCAGCCACCCCUUGCAGAGAACACUUUGUCUCAAGAACCUUUCCAGCAUCCCGAUGUCCAAGAGGUCAUUUCCAAACCACAGGCUCCUCUGGUUCCCCGAGCACGGACCAGUUCUGAGAACUCUAGCAUUUCAGUCAAGGAAGAUGAGUCCUCUGAGGACGAAGAUGAAAGCUCUCUCAGAAAUAAUGAUGGGAGGGAAAAGCCAGGAGAUGCCAAAGAGAAUACAAAGCGCUCAGGAUUUGGAUGGUUCAGCUGGUUUCGAUCAAAGCCCACCAGCACAUCCCCCUCUGGAGAAGAAGACUCAUCUGACAAUCCUGACUCUGAGGAGACCCCCAGAACAUCUUCUCCCCCGCAAGCUGGCCCAAGCCUCUCCCUGACCCCACCGCCUGUGCCCUGGCCUCCCCAGGCCCCCAGCACCUUCUCCCAGAACUCAGGUGGUGGUCAUGCUCAAGGACUCAUGCCCAGUGGAGGAAAUGCGGAGGGCAUGGGGAUUGGAGCUCUACAGGGCCCUCAGGGUGUCUCCUCUCAGCCUUACUUCAACCCUGGAGCUCUGCUCCCCCCACCUACCUUAAAAGGAGCUGUUCCUCUCUACAAUCCAUCUCAGGUUCCUCAGCUCUCCGUGACUACCAGCCUGAGCCGGCCAAAUCGUCUAGCCCAGCGCCGCUAUCCCACCCAGCCCUGA